GUCGCUGGCAGUGAACGGAACGAUCAACGAAGUGCCGUGUCGUAUAGAUCGCUGGCUGGCCGUGUCUGGCUGAAAAUAGUGAACGAAGUAUGAGUUUUCGAAAUAUGUUCGAAUAAAAAAGUGAACAGUGAGUGACUGUCAUCCAGCAAGAUGGUUGAUGACGUGAAAGAUAUUACGGAAAAAGCUGAAAGUAAAGAAGCCCUAGACCGAGCGAGAUUGGCGCGCGAGCGGCGCGAAGCUGAACAAAGAAAGCGACUAGACGAGCUCAGAGCACACGCGGCGGCUGCGCAAGCGCAUCGCGAGAAGCGAGACGAGGAGCGGCGCAAGCGGCAAGCCGAGCAGCGCGCCAGAGACGAUGACAGGCGGACACAGAAGAGAGACGAGGAGCUUUGCCAACCGCAUUUGGGCCAGCACGCCAAAGAGGACGAUAGGCGGUUACAGGUAGAAGAACGAAAACGUGCAAUAUGGGAGGCGUCGAUCUCCCGUCGAGAGGCGCUGUUACAGCGCGAACGCGAUCGAACCGAACGGCUCGAGCGAGCACGAGCCGCUCGCUCGUCACCACGGCCUGCGUUCGCGUUCGGCUCGUCGACACCUCGUCUGCUCGAACCGGUAGACUCGGCUGGAUUCUUCUGGGCCGCGCGCAGUACCAACCCCAUAGAUCAGAUGAACUUUUUUGAAUCACUGGCGGCAUCAACAACGAAUGUGAUGUUCGCGUCUGCGCCGCUCACGAGACGCGCGUCCGCACUCCAGCUCGACUCGUCCGACACUGAUAAUAAAGACGAACCCGACCGCUCGCCGCAGCCGCUCUGGUCGUCCGUGGCGCGGCGCCGCACCGACCUGGUGCCCACCCUCCCCGCCCCGCGCGCGCCAGGUAGGGCCUACUCCAUGACGCGCCUCGACCGCCUGGCCCCGCGCCCCUUGCAGGAGGCCUCGCCCUCGCUGCACCACCUCCACCGGACCCAGACCAGAUCGGGCGAGACAACACCCGGCUCCCGGCCCGGCAGUGCGAUGUCCAACGCGACGGGCGUAGUACGGAGGGCUUCAUCCGCGCCCCGCAAGCCGCGGCCCGCCUCUAUAGCCGGUACGGGUGUUAACACGCCGCGAGGUCCGGACACAGGCGCCAACAGCGUGGCCACUACGCCCUCUGUGUCACGCGACGCGACCACUGUGGUCAGCCGGCCGGCCACCACGCCGCGCCGCCCCAGGCCACUGUCGCUGCACGCCUCGUCCAAACCAGCUACGCCGGUCGCUCCCGGUGAGGGCAAGCCGCCGCUCCACAGAAAGCCAAAGCCAUCCAAAGAUCACGAUAAGUCUCGCGGCAAGUCUCUGUCGGCGUCGCCGGGCCGCACGCUGUCGCCUUCGCCCGCCGCGACCAAGGACCCCAGUGUCGACAAGGAGAUACCUAAGAGCGUGCCACAGCCAGUGCUGGAUAAGAAUCAAGUGAAUGAAGUGAACGCCAUCGAAGUGACGCAGAAACUAGAGGCAUUGCGAAUCGAAGACCCUCAGCAAACAAGCGAAAUCAAAGAAACAAUAGAGGUUAAGCCUGAAACGAACAACGAACAGAAGGUAGUAGACAAACCUAUAGACGUACAGAAGCCAGUCGAGAAAGAGACAGCAGAUACGCAGAAGCUAGUCGAGAAGGGGACGGAAGAUAAACGAGAAGAGAAGAAGGAACCCUCUGUGGAAAAGACUAAAGAUAACGUUAUGACGGCAUCAAUGGUCCGUCGCAUAACGACUGAGGAGGAAGCUAAGGCGGCUCUCGCGGAAAGGAGACGACGCGCUAGAGAGGAACUAGAGCGACAGGCAGAGUUGGAAAGGCAAAGAUUACAACGCGAAGCAGAAGAAGAAGCAGAGAGACAGCGUCAAGAGGAAGAGAGACAGAGGCGCGAGGAAGAAGAAGCGAGAGAGUUGGCCGCUCUACAGAGGAAGAUGGAGGAAGAGAAGCUUAGAAAGGCCAUUGAGGCACAACAGCAAUUAGAAAAAGAAGAAGCUGAGCGGCGUGUGAAAGAAGAAGAGGAAAGAAAAUUAAAGGCAAAAGAAGACGAAGAGAGACGGAAGGCGGCCGAUGAGGCGGAGAGGGUGAGGCGAGUGGAAGCAGAAAAGGAGGAACGUGAGCGACUCGCACGGAAGCAGAGAGUAGAAGCCAUCAUGGCGAGAACGCGCUUGAAGAAGCAAGCGGAAGAGGACAAGAAACAGCAAGAAUUGAAAGCGCAACAACAAAACCAAACAGCUCCUGAAAACAAUACAUCUGCAGAUGCAACUGCAACUAAAGACAGCGUAGAUAGUGCAACACCCGCAACAAACGAAAACGGAGCAACAAAUUUGCAGAAUUCAGAAAGUGCAACACAUGAAAGUGUAGCACUAGGAAUCAAAACGGAAAGUGUUGAUAGUGCACUUGUGAACACAGCAGAAGAAAGUGCACCUUUAGUGAAUUUCGCACAAGAUAGUGCAAAGUCUGAGAAUGUGUCGUUUUUUAGUGAUGAUAGUGCAAAGGAUGUGGUAGCUGGUAGUUUAGAGAGUGCGUCGUCAGUCAGUGAUAGUGCGUCGAUAGUGACUGUACGAGAGAGUGUGAAUGUAAAUCUGCCGGUAUCGGUUGAGAUUGGUGUGGAUAAUAUCAACGGAAACAUGCAAAGCACGGAUUUGUUGCAGCUUGCCCCUAGUCAGCCUGAAGAUACGUCUCGCCAGCCUGCUGCGGCGGUGACCAACAACGGUAAUGUGACUGCCGACCUGCUGGGCCUGUCCCAACCACAUGAGACAAAGGACAAACCAGAGGAGCAGACAACCAAGCAAAUGGACAACACGCCAAUAUUGGACGCCAACAACGGCAACGCCAACGUUGGCCACAUAUCCGCCAACUUCAUACAAACCGAGCGCCUGGCCGACGUCGCCAAGCUGGACGACUUCGCCUCGCACAACGGGCACAACCAUCCGCUAACGCUGCAAAACGCGAUCUAACGGGGCUACGACUCUGUCGCAACAGCGAUUGACCCCGGGCCAUGGCUGCGGCACACAAGCGACGGGUGACUAGUGACUACAGAGGAAUAAAUGUUAUUGGACGACCGGACGCCGCACGCGAAUCGUAAGGAGGCGCAAACAUUGUUACAGCUUAAAAAGAUUUUCGUAGUCGAUUGAUGGAGACAUCUAGACAGAGCAAUCCUAUAAAGACACAGCUAGGAGAGCAAUAUACCGACCAGUAAAAUUGACCUAGUAAUGGAUCAGUCGUUUGAGUAUGUAGGUGCUAUAACCGUUUAGCCAGCUAGUCCGCAAACAAAGAGAUUUGUUUGUGGACUAGCUUAGACCGGGAUUUGCCAUAAAAUAGGGCCGGCGUAUUACACAACAUAAUAAUAAUGUUUGCGUCUUCAUACGUCUCUAUACUCCACGCUUACUGAUCAUUGUCUGCAUCGUUACUUACCAUCAGGUGGAACCGCAGUCGAACGUGAACGUUUCACUAAAUGGCGGUAAAUAAUAAUCGACGUGGAAAAAAUUGAUUAUGAUAAUACAUGAUGCAGGCCACGACUCCACUGCACGGCCAUAUUAAGCGUGUCGCUUGCCGCCAAAAGCCAUGGCCCUGCGGUAUGGGUCGGUUACUAUUUACAUAACCCUGUGUUAGCUGCAGUAAGACCGGCUAAUGUUGGAUGCGUUUUGGAAAACUAAACUGGAAAAAAUAGUUUACCUUGAAAAAAAUUGCUGGUUUUCGGAUUUUUGAUAUAGUAGCCGAAGUAUUACUAGGCAGUUGUCCUACCGCCAGCGAGGAAUCGACUAGCUAUCGACUUUUUCUCGCUCAAGAAACGGACAAUCGAUGUAUCGAUAUCGUCAGUAUAAAAAAUGAAUAUAAUAAUAGUUAAUCGCUGACUGUACACAGCCGGCGAGAAAUCUCUACUUAUUAUUUGUCGUGUAUCAAGAGCUAUUAGAGAAAAACUCGCUCAGCGAUUCUCUCUUGGGGUCAAAACACCCUCACAGUUCGCGCAGGGACUAAUUAGUGUAUGGCAGGCGAUUAUUCGUUUGUCACACUCGCUCAAUAGUCCAGCGACAAAACUAUUCAAACUACACAUUCGCUUCUCGUUGCUCGCUAAUCAGCGGUCGGACAACUGCCUUAUUACCAAAAUCAAUGAUCUUAUGCGCAAUCGAUUCGUACGAAAAAUAUUCUUGGUUGAUACAAAACAUGUAUUCAAUAAGCGGCCGGCCUUAUUGUGAAGGUAAUAAGAAUCAAUUUGGAUUGGCACUCUCAGCUUGCAUAUUGGCUAGGUGAGACAUAAGACUUUAUAAUAUUAUGUAUUGUGUAGACUUGCACCUUUGUCCAACUAAGCUCUCGAAAUAAGUUCGAAGUUUUGUUUUGAAAUACUUUAGAAUUUGUUACGACACAGUACUAUGUUAUACAUUGGUAUUUAUUUAUUGCUAGGUUUGCUAAUAGUAUGAGGGAAAAUUAGGGUAAUAUCACACGAGAGACUUGUCGCUCGACAAAAUGUUCUACUAGUAGUAGUAGCACGUAAUAAGCACGGUGCAAACUAUUUUGUACGAAAAAAAAAAACGGCUGUCAUUUCAUCAGACAAAUAUGUCAUUGCAAACUUAACUAAUUCUCACAUGGCAAGAUUACUUUUAUCCGCAACACAACUAAUCGCGUAGACGUAGGGUACUGUACCCGUCAGUAAAUAAUAUUAUAAUAUAUCGAGCUCUAGAAAGAAGUAAUUUGACGGCUCCGGCUUCGUAGAACGUUGUCUGUGUCAUUGACUCUGACAAAACGUCACAGUAAUGAGUGUCAGAGACGACGCUCUACAAAGCUGAAGCUGCCAAGCUUUUUAAAGCUCGAUGUGAAUUUUUUACUGCUGGGUUACUGCACAUUUAUGAUGCGUUGGUGGUCAUUAGAAAACUAGUUUAUAACAAGUUGUGUGGUGAAAAUAGCCUAUCAUUUACUUACGACGCAAAAAUAGGGAUGUUAUAAGUUUUACCGCUUUGUCUGUCUGUGGCAUCGUAGUGCUCAAACGGAUGGGCCGAUUUUAAUGCGAUUUUCAUUCAAUAGCUGAACUAUCAACUAGUAAUGUUAUUGGUUGGUUGUGAGUUGAAAUUGGUUUUUUAGGGUGUCCUCGUGUAAGAAUAGGAAAAAUCCUUAGUAUGAGUCUCGACGUAUCUUAGAAAACAAGUCUCGACAGAUUUCCGUCUCGCGACAAAAAUGUCUACAGUGAGGUCCUAGACUGAGUUUUAUACGAAAGGUGCCUUUAAUAUUUUCGUAUUGUUUUAGAAAACGGUGCUAAUUAGAUGAAAUUUAAUUUCAAUGAGGGAAAGUACAAAAUUGUAUGUAUUUUACGGCUAACAUAGGCUAGGAGUCAGUCGGUGAAUUAUUUGUAUAUUACAUUUUCCGCUAGCCAAUAUGUACGCAUCGAGAAGGGUGUAGUUUUUGUCUCUUAUGUCCAUUAUUCGCACAGAUCAUGCCAAUUUUUCUGUAAUAUUUGUUUAAAUCGAUUAUUAAGUCGAUACUAAAUCGAUUAAAAAAUAUUUUUAACAUUUAUCAAAAUCGUUCCUUACAUCAAUUUUAAUCACGAUUAUUUAUCAAAUGUAUUUUAUUCGAUAAUAAUCAAUAAUGUCUAGGCAAAUAAGAUCUGGCGAAUAGUUAACAUACUGAGUUAGGGUUGGCACAUGCUGAAAUAAUAAUAAAAUAUAAUUAAUAAUAAUAAUUACUGCAUUUAUAUCGCAAAUCCACGAUUUAUGAAAUAAUAGGUUCUAAUAAAAUAUCUAGCUUUUUGUUCCGCUUACUAAAUGUAAGCGAAUAUGAAUUAAUUAAAAAAAAAUUGUCGCUUAUCGUUCCUCAUGUUCAAUGUAUAUGAGAGAAAAAAAAUAUUUUCAUAAUAUAAUAUUAAACAAUUAAUAAUUAUUGUUCAUUGCAUAUUUCGAGUUAGGAAAGGGGAUUCAUCAUUUCAUCCAGUCUGAGGCGAUCAGGCAUAGAGUGUACUUCGACUGCUCAGACUUGAGACACGGUUAAAACGAGACAGAUUUACGUCCCUGAUAUGAAUUUGUCUCUGUUUAACUCUAAGUAAAGUCUGUGUCUUUGUUUAACUCUAAGUAGAGUCUGAACAAAGUCUAAGUACGUUCUAUAGAUACGCUAAAAUCUACGACAAAAUCUGUACUUAAAUACAAACAACAAAAAAAAAUUUUUUUAAAUAAAUAAUACAAAAAUACAUUUUGUUUCGUUAUAUGUCUUUGUAGCGUGCCAAUAAAGAAACGAAUCGAAACGAAGCGGCGCUGAUCAUUCCGUCUCACUCACACACUAUACUGUGUGAAUGAGAUCGAUUGAUUAACGCCGCUCUUCAUUGUUACAAGCGAAACCAAUAAAAUGCAGACUAUUCUUUGAGUUUUAUUACGGUUUACAUAAUUAUUAAGAAGUUAUAAAAUUUUGAUGUUUGAGUGAAAAUGCAUUUUUUGUCGUGGACUCCCGGACUAUUCAUUUCAAUGUCAUUUUAUCAUUAAUAGGUUGUGUGUAGGGACGCUGUACUACACAGUGUGUAUUACAAUAGUUAUUUAAAAUAAGUUCUAUUUAUUGUGAUGUUUUUAUUAUUAUUAUUACUAUUAAAAUAAUAAUUUUGGCUUUAGACAUGUUUAUUUGUGAUUUAUCAACAUGGAUGUUAUAUAACUUUUAUCAUAGACAAAGUAGAUUGUUACACCAAAAAUGUGUGAAAAGGAUUACAAAUAUAAUUUUGUGGAUAUAAUCGAUUCGAAAUUAAAAAGGCUAGUAUAUUAUAAUAGCGCUUGAAAUAGUUAUCUCUUUUUAGUUUUCCGUUGUAGAUCAUGCAGGAAAUAUUUUGAAAAUAUCGUGAUGGCAAUCCCGCACAGGAGUUAUUAACGAAAAUGUUAUAUAACAUUUGUUUCGUAAAAAAAUAUCCUCAGUUUUGCCCACAGCUUUGACUGUGUGUUAGUCGGAUUAAGCUUUAAGCGGUAUCUCGGGGUCUAUUAAGUACUAAAAAUAAAUAGAUUCAUCAUCGUGUUAUAUAACUUUUGUUAGGGAUCGUCAUAUAAUUCAUAUUAAUUAACAACCAAGUGUAAUAUCAAAUGAAGUCACAGACAAAAUGCUAGUAAAAAAUGAUAGUCUUGUUUGUAUUUAAAUUUACCUAUAACUAAUAUCUGAUAUAAGACUUAUUUAGCUUUGAAAUACUAGGCACGUAUGAAACUACUGUUUAUAGACCUAAAUAACGAAGUGCAUAUUUAAGGUGAAUCUAGACUAUGUAACAGGUAAAAUGUUGUACAUGUAAUAUAGUCUAUAGUCAUCUUUUAGAUCUCCUAAACUAUAAAGAAACAUUCAGGUGUAAAAACUGUUCGCAUCUCUUGAUAAUGAUACUUAAGAAUAAUAAUUCUUUUUCGAAAUAUUUUUAAACCAGUAUAUGAGAUUGCAGAUUGCAGUCUUGCAAAAGUAAUUUUAAGUAAAGUUUUUGGUCAAUCACUAUCAUAACAAUAAUUAUUGUCAUGUACCCACAUAAAAAUUUGGUGGGUGUUGGUUUGGACUAAAAAGAAAAUUCAACUGAUUUUUGCUGAAUUUGGUUUUAAUUGAAAUAAAUGUAUUGAUAAAAGUGCAUCCAAAUUAUGUAACAUUUUAUAAAACUUGUUGAACAAUAUGUUUGCCAUUGUUAUAUAAUAUCUGUCUAUACUACUGAAACAUGUUGUAUAACAUAUUAUACAGUAUAGAAACACCAUUAGAUAUUAAGUAUAACAUUCAAGAGAUGCGAAAUAUUAAAUAUGUUUGAAAUACAGUUCUGUUUUGUAUUUAAAUUAUUUCGCUUUAUAAGAUAUUAAAUUUGAAAACGGAGGUCUGUAAAGCUAAUAUGAAAACCUGAACGCGACGCAGUAGUAACAAAAAACAAAUAAACGUUAACUAUAGGAUAAAGUUUGCUCAGCCUAGCUGUAGAGAACGCCACUAGACGUCAUAUUAUGACUAUA